UCAAUUUCCCCAAAUUUCAAAACCCUGAUUUCCCCCUUUGCCAAAACCCUUCUCCGCCAUAUCUGCGCAGGUCCCACGUCCACCGCAAUGGCCGGCACAGGAUUCUCAUUCUCCUCCUCCUCCGCACCUGCCUUUGGAACCUCAUCGCCUGCUUUUGGCGCCGCCACCGGAGCCUCAUUUGGCUUUGGCACCGCAACGACCUCCUCCUCCUCCACACCUUCUUUUGGCUUUGCCUCCAACCCUAGCUCCGCCUCCUCGGCAAAUACGUUUGGUUUUGGAUCGGGAGCAGCGUCGUCUGGCUCAUCUCUGUUCGGCGGUUCCUCGCUCUUCGGCUCAUCCUCUUCCGCCGCGGCCACUGGCUCCAACAUUUUUGGAUCAGCUUCUACUGGAGCUCCGGCUUCUGGCGUUUUCGGAUUCUCGUCUGCAGGCACAGGCCAAACAGCUAAUGCAUUUGGUUCUUCGACUCCAACUCCCGCUCCAUCAACCCCCACGCCUUCCACAUCUCCGUUUGGCGCCCAAUCUCCAUUUGGAUCCCCUGCCCCCGGAUCCAACCUUUUCGGGUCGGGUGCUCCAACUCCCAGUCUAUUUGGUAAUACUUCUUCUUCCGCGAGCAAUACCGGCUCUCUUUUUGGGUCAGGGGCUAGUGCAACACCUAAUCCUUUUGGAUCAACUACGGCCACCAGUGCCCCGGCAUUUGGGUCGGGCCUGUCACUGAACUCAGGGCUAUUUGGCUCGUCGACAUCGGCUCCAUCCACUGCCACUGCCGCCCCACAAUUUGGGGUAAGUUCCGCGACUGCAGGCAUAUUUGGAUCCUCAACUCCAGCUUCUACCGGUGGCAAUCCUCCGUCGUUGUUUGGGGCAAAUUCUGGAUCAUCUCCAAGUCUUUUUGGUUCUUCCACCUCAUUUGGAUCAUCUUCAGCUUCGGCUUCGCCAUUGGGUGUGGCAAGUUCAGCUUCCCCUGUUUCUGGCUUUUCAUUCCCCAGUUCGGUUGCUUCGACUUCAGCAUUCUCCAUUUCAAGUUCAGCUGCGUCAGCACCCGGGUUCUCAUUCCCCAGUGCUUCAUCUUCAGCCUCUGCCGCGCCUGGACUUUCGAUUUCCUCAUCACCAGCCACGUCUGCUCCUGCAUUUUCAUUUAAUACAGCUUCUAGCACCACUUCUUCUGGCUUUUCGUUUUUGAAGAGUACCGCUAGCACUGCCUCCUCAGCUUCGGCCACAACGUCUGUAUCUUCUUCACCUGGUUUUUCAUUUGCUUCUGCACCAUCUCUUUCGAGUUCUUCAGCCUCGACAUCUCUCUUUUCAACUGUCACAACAACUACCGCAACCAGUGCAUCAGCUCCAACUGUGUCUUCUGCUAGUUCUGGUUUGACGUUUCCAGCAUUGACAGUGCCUGCAUCGGGGACGAGUGCAUCUGCUCCAACAUCAGGGUUUACAGGUUUCGGCACCACUAGUACGCUUGCAUCAGGGACCAGUGCAUCUGCUACAACUUCAGGAUUUACUGGUUUCGGCACCACUAGUACGCCUGCAUCAGGGACCAGUGCAUCUGCUCCAACUUCAGGAUUUACUGGUUUCGGCACCACUAGUACGCCUGCAUCAUCCUCAGGAAGCGCAAGUUCUUUCUCACUAUCUUUGAAAACACCAGCAACCACAGCCUCACAAGCACAGUCAAGCGUUGCACUGCCUUCUUUUGGUGUUACAGCUGCGAGCUCAACAACGGCAGUGAGCUCAAGUACCAGUUCUGCCACUCAAACAUCAUCUGUUCUCGUUGCAGCUGCCAGUAGCGGGGCUGCUCCAGCCACUAGUACAGCACCAGCAUCUACGCCAAAGUUACCAUCUGAAAUUACUGGGAAAACAGUCGAGGAGAUCAUUAAAGAGUGGAAUGGGGAACUGCAGGAGCGUACUGGGAAGUUUAGGAAACAAGCUAAUGCUAUAGCUGAGUGGGAUCGCAGGAUUCUACAGAAUCGUGACAUUCUUCUUGGGCUUGAGACUGAAGUUGCAAAGGUAGUUGAAACACAAGGUAGUCUGGAGCGGCAGCUGGAACUAAUUGAAACUCACCAAGAUGAGGUUGACAAAGCCCUGCAAAGCAUGGAGGAGGAAGCUGAGCGACUGUAUAAAGAGGAGCGUGGAAUGCUUCUUGAUGAUGAUGCUGCAUCUACACGAGAUGCAAUGUAUGAGCAGGCUGAACUCAUAGAGCGGGGAUUGGAGCAGAUGACAGAACAGAUCAAAACAGUUAUAAACAGUCUUAAUGCCAGUCAAGGUGGAGAGCUUGAGGCAACAGACGGAAUGAAUCCCCUAGAUGUUGUUGUCCGCAUAUUAAACAAUCAACUGAGUUCAUUGAUGUGGAUAGAUGAGAAGGCCGAGGAGUUCUCAUCACGUAUUCAGAAGCUUGCUAGCCAUGGCUCUACUGCUGAUCGUGAACUGACUGGCCCUAAGCUGUGGUUGAACUGAGUCGCUGAAUGAUGUUGAAUUUUUCGGAGGUUUUUUCAGUUACAUGUGGAGAUUCCUAUAAUCUUUUCUUGUAACAGAUAGUUUCAGUUUUACCUGUGUAUAUUGCAAUUUUUUUGAAUUCGUGCU